AUAGAAAGAGGAAGGAUGAAGGCGUUUCAAAAGUUGAUGGGCAGCAGCACCAAGUCACAUAAGAUUGGUGGCUAUCAACUUAAUGUAGUCAAACAGAUUGCAGAGGGUGGCUUCUCUUAUGUCUAUCUGGUAAAGGAUGCAAACACUGGCAAACAGUUUGCUCUCAAACGUAUAUUGGUCAGAGACAAUGAGGAGUUGGCCAAUGUCAAGCACGAGAUUGAUAUAAUGCAGUUGGUCAAACAUCAUAAGAACAUCGUCAAGUUCAUCGAUUACAAUCAUUCAAAGUCAACAAACGAAGUGUUCAUCCUAAUGGAGUUAUGUUCAGGAGGUCACUUGGUCGAUCUGAUGAUGAAGAGACAACAGAAUAGGUUCACAGAGGUGGAGGUGUUGGGCAUAUUCUCUGAUGUGUGCGAGUCUGUUGCAGCGAUGCACUCACUUAAUCCGCCGAUAAUACAUCGUGACUUGAAGGUUGAGAAUGUGUUGCUGGACGAGGACACAGGACUGUACAAACUAUGCGACUUUGGAAGUGCAAUUCAAGAGGUUGUACAUCUUAACAACAAGACAGAUAUACAGAAUGCAGAGGACGACAUAUCCAAGCACACCACCAUCCAGUACCGCCCGCCCGAGAUGGUCGACUUGUACCGCGCCAAGGUGCUGGACGAGAAGGUGGACAUCUGGGCGCUCGGUUGUCUGCUCUACAAGCUGCUCUACUACACUACGCCGUUUGAGGAGGCUGGCUCACUUGGUAUCAUUAAUGGAAACUACAUCAUUCCGCCAUCAAACUACUCAAACGAGUUGGUGGCACUCAUUCGAUACAUGUUGCAUCCAGAGGCUGCGUCACGACCAGACAUCUACUACAUCACCAACGAGGUGUGCAGGAUGCGCGGUGUGUCGCCACUGUUCCCAGGAAAGGGUCAAUACAGCAACAAUCCCUACAUGUCAUCAACAUCGCCAACAUUGGCUACAUCAAAGGGAAGCUCCGAGGCACUCGGAGGGUCGUCCAAGCUAGCCACCUCUAUCGGACCCACAGGUCUUUCUACGUCGGGUGCGCCACAACAAAGACCAAAGCCUCUUCCUCACACACCUCAGCAGGCUGUUGUCCCUCAAUCAGCUCCAGCGCCAACCCAACAACAGACAUCACCUCAACAGACAAAUGAUGGAUUCGAACAGUUUGAUAAUGAACCAUGGCCACAGCAACAACACCAACCAUCUGCACAGGUGAUAAAGAGAAGACAUCAACACCAACAGGUGGCCAAUAUCAACACACAGACGGCAUCGUACUCACCAGCAGUGUACAGUAGCAGUCCAGGCGGCAUCAACACCACCAAUGCCCCGCCAAGUCUAAACAUUGACCCGCAGAUAGUCGAUGAAUUGGCCACGAUGAUCUCGAUCGCAACAAGCUCAGAUCCAAUCGUUGACCUGGAGGCAUUUGCCCGCACCAAGGAGAUAGCAGAGACAUUGUUGCCCGGAGGAAAGGGUGUGAUGAAGGAGCUGGUCAAGCGGCCACUGCGAGAGCCAGUCGUCUGUCUCAAGUCCCUCAUGGUGGUACACAAGCUCAUGAUCGAGUCGACUCAAUCAUUCAAGAACGAUGCAUACGACAUGAAGGACCUGUUCAACAACCUCUAUCUAGGAUGGUCCAAACAAAAGGAGAAGUUGCUACUUGUAAGCGACUACCUUUCGUACUACUCAUUGCUUAUACAUAAGCUUGUGUUGUUCCAUAACAAGUACUACUUGGUCGAUGGAAUGUUCAGCUUUGACGAGAGUAAAUGGACGUUGCCAGACUCUACCGACUCGAUCAAUCAUCCAAUAAGGUAUGCAAUAUGUGUUAGUUAUCAUUCGUUCCAAUUGACUAACACAUCAUCAAUCAAUAGUGUAUCAUGUAUAAACAACUUGGCAUCGAUAUUGGAUCAGGUGUUACAGACUCAACAAUCAAUAUCGGAGGUGGCAAUGUCGACGACGUCAUUGGCAUUCAUACCUUUGAGCCUCUUGCAGCAGUGUGUAAACAUACUGAACAGUGUAUCAUUCUCAAUCUAUUGCUUCAUAAGUGGAGCGAUAUCAACGUUGCUCCAACUGCCAGACGCUGAAAAGUUGGCGCCCGUCAUUGCCAAGUUCCAAACGAUCUUCCAAACACUCAAAGACCAAUACAGCAGACUGAGCGCACUACCACCAUUCGCCACCGAAGUCUUCUUCCCAACGCUGCCCAAGAAUCCUCCAAACUAUCUACAAACACUCCAAGCACAUCAAUCAAACAAUCAACAACAGCAGGUGCAUCAUCAGCAGCAGCACGUGUCCACACACCACCGCACUACCAGUACUAGCAGCAACAACCCAUUUGACACACCAACGAUGGAGCCCUCAUUCAAUCCAUUCGCCACAUCGGCUUCAGAUCCAUUCAAUGAUGUCUUUGCAAUGUCGCCAUCGCCUCAUCAAUCACCAAGAGUUGGCUACCCACAAGUACAACAGGUGCCCAUACUCUCCACCAACUCGCCCAGCUUGCCACAGUCGCCAGUGUCACAGCGAAGGGCUCUUGGCUACAACAUCAACAACUCAUUCGAUCAGAUGAGUAUCAGCAGCAACACCACCAACCCAUUCAGUCCCAGUCCUUCACUUUCACCACAUAUCAUGCCAUCACAGCCACUGCCGCCACAGCACAAGCUCCAACACAGCUCGAGCCAGAGCAGCAUCGGCCAACACUAUAGCCCGACAUUUACAAGCAACAAUCCUUUUGAUGCGACACCUCAGCAACAACAACAGCAACAGCAGCACUCAUUGCCACACACGCCAAAGAUGGUCCCAACUACUGGCAACAAUCUGAUGGUCCCGCCUACAGUGGGCAAUAUGCGCGGACACAGAAGAUCUCAAAGUACAGCGGACGAACUGCGUCGACGCCAACAGUUACAGCAACAGAUCGAUCAGAGCAAAGAGUUUAUGCAGAAUCAGAGAAGACAGAACAAUCAGCGAGCAACACUAAGCACAUCCAUCAACUUUGAAGUGCAGCAACAGCCACGCGAGGUGUCUCUUGGCGAGCACUACCAGGACGACUUUGAUGACGAUGACUUUGGCGAUGAGUCCGAGACCUCGUCCAUCAUGUCUACAUCAUCAUCCAGCAAGAAG